AUGAAAACCUUCAAUCCAAUCUUCAUUUGUCUCUUCGCACUUCUCAGCCUCUGUUUCGCCCUGCCCAGUCCCAAUCAUAAGGCUCACCGCUUUCCAAAGCAGAAGCAGGUUGACUUGGACAACUAUACAGCCUUGACUCUCGCCGCUGCUGAAAAGGGCGUCGAGCUCGAGAACGGCAAGCGGUACGGUUUUCGCGAAAAAUGGGCUACAAGAGGUGCUACGCAGCAGAUGUGCUACCCAGGCUAUUCGCAUGUUCGUCUCAUCGUGGGCCAGUUCUUCAACGUAAAGACCCGGUCUGGUCGUCAGGGCUUUGAUGCCAAGAGCUAUGAGAUGAUAAGUGCUGGUGCCGCCAGCGACGGCCACUCCCCUAUGGGUGGCACAGUCGAAUCUCACGUUGAGAAUAUGUGGUGGGCAAACCACUACUUCGAUGAGACGCGAGAAGAAUGGGUCCAUGUCAGCAAGAACAACGAAUACGAAUUUCUGGGAGAAACGACGGCAUCGGACGCCUUUAUCGUCCACCAAGGCUUGGAGUAUGCGAGACUCUAUCCCACCUACAACCUUUUGUUGAACAACUGCAUGUCUUAUACCAAGACCGUGUGGGAGGCAUGCGCUGAAAAGAAAUGA